AUGGUUGAACUUCGCAAGCGUAAAGCUCCUGCACCACCUCCCGUUGUGCAGAAAAAGCCCAAGUCAACAAAAUCCACUGCGAAGCCCAAGGAGACAACAGCCACUCCUACCACCACCACCACCACUACCACUACCACUACCACUACCACCAAUGACAAGCCCCAGCCCCCAGCUUCAAAAAACCCUAAGGUUGAUGACAUCCUUGAUUUGGAAGAAUUUGGUGGCGAAAUCCAAACCAACGAUGGCGACACGACUACUUUGAAAAAGCUACUUGAAGAGAGCUCCGGAGGUGUUGUUCUAUUCACCUAUCCCAAAGCUUCGACCCCUGGAUUCAGCAUCUGGGGAGUCUCGCUUAAGAGCAACCCUAGUUUUAUUUCUAUUCCUAACCCCCCACGCUUAGGUACCAAACAAGCAUGUUUGUUUCGCGACAAUUACAAACAUCUCACUUCUACCGGUCUAGCCAUUUAUGGUCUAUCGGCUGAUUCCCCCAAGGCAAACACGACCUUCCAAACAAAGCAGAACUUACCUUAUCCACUACUCUGCGAUCCCAAAGCAACCUUGAUUGGUGCCAUAGGGCUCAAGAAGGCUCCUAAGGGUACUACCCGUGGUGUGUUUGCUGUGGAUAAGAAGGGCAAGGUUUUGCUUGCUGAAGCAGGUGGUCCAGAUGGAACAGUUGAUGCGGUGCAGAAGCUUGUGGCAAAAGCUGCCAAGGCUGAUGCUUAA